CUCACUCAUCUGACCAGUUACACCAGUUGAAAACGUUCCUUCAUUCUGACAAUUCGUUAAAUUAUCUAGCAACAUCUCAACACCAUGUGGAGUUCAACGAAAUUACUAAAAAAUCAGCAAGAUUACAGCAAAGACCCCUUUGGACUUCGCUUGAAAGACCGAGAUGUGAAGCAUAUAAAAAUAUCGGAAGCGCAAAAAGUCUACGAAGUGUACGAGUUCAAAGAGGAAAUCGGUCACGGUUCGUUCGGAGUGGUCGUUAUGGCGAUCGAAAAGGCGAUGAACAGAUCAUGGGCAAUAAAAAUCGUACAUAAGAAUAUCGCCGGCACCAAUAAGCUGACUGAGGUGGAUCGGGAAAUCAAGAUUUUAAAAGUCGUUAGUCAUCCGAAUAUUAUUUAUCUGGAAAAAGUGUACGAAUCGCCCAAAAAGAUCUACAUGGUGCUCGAGCUGUGUCAGAGGGAGCUUUUCAAGGUUUACCUGGAUCAGAAACCGUUUUCCGAAAAAGUAACCAAAAAAGUGAUUUUGCAAUUGGCCUACGCUGUUUCUUAUCUACACAAGAACGACAUUGUUCACAGGGAUGUGAAAAUGGAAAACAUUCUACUGGCCGAUCGCAACCAAAGUCAGGACGAAUAUUUCAUCAAACUAACAGACUUUGGGCUUAGCAUCGUGAAAUCGGGCGUUGGCAUUAAGAGCUUGAUGACUGACUAUUGUGGAACCAUCACCUACAUGCCUCCGGAAAUUCUGCAAAUGAAAACCUACAGCGAAUUAUGCGACGUGUGGGCUAUAGGCGUCAUCUUGUUCAUGAUGUUAUAUGGGAGAUCACCCUUCAUGGAUAAAACCGAUGAGAGAAUUUCAUUCAAAAUCUGCAAUGAUGAACCCGACUAUGAAGAUCACGAAGUCAGUGCUGAGGCCAUUGAAUUGCUACAAGCCAUUUUGAAUAAAGACCCAGUUCAACGAGUCACCGCCCUUCAGAUAACCGAGAACCAAUGGCUGAACAAUAAACGAACCACAGGCAACAAGCACAAAGAUCAAAACAUUGUCGAUAUGAUGAAGCAGUUUCGAAAUGAAACAACGCCUCCUAAUACAGCGGCUAAUCGCGUGGCUCGCGGCCUGAGCCUUCUCGAUGGCAUGUUCGACUACUCCACCACGCGUUUGUCUCAAAAAAGCGGCGCAAGUAACGCAAACAAAUUUAAUCAAUUAGCAGUUACUCACUUACCAAUUCUAGCCAAUCAGAAAACGGAUCUUCCGUGAAAGUUAAAGCAGUCGUACUUCAAAACUGGUCCGCAUCUGAAACCGCAGAAUAAAUCGUCCAGUUUCCAUCGACCAUCAAACUCUAAAACGCAAUCAAUUAGUAGGGGAUUUUGUUCUAAUUCAGGAAUGUUACUUUGAUCUAGAGCAAGGAUCUAAAUAAAAAUAGCUAUUUAGAAACAAUUUGAAUCCAUUGUUUUAUAUCAAUCAAAAAUCAUACACCAUUGAAGUACAGAACAAUCUUAAGACAAACUUUAUGUUAAAACAAUUCCGUAAAGUAUCGGUCUAUUGGAUUGACUCAUACAGAAUGACAACUGAAAAUUUUAUUUGGAAUGGAAUCAACCAAAUGAUCGCGCAAUUAUAUACAAAACUCUGCACCAUACCAAAAUGUAGACAAUCUUAACUGUGUAGGUCUGUGACAGGUAAUUUCGGAUGAAAUUAACCAUCACAGAUGCAAUUGAAAUAGUUCUUUAAAAAUAAGUCACUAUAAAGGCACCACUUGCCUGUAUAACAGGGAGACUGGCCAAUCAAAUUACAUACAACAAACAACCGUUGGAGGAAGACACCAACAAGUAGAAAGCCAAACUUCCAAUGCGCGAGCAUUGGCAGUUUGGCCUAAUGAAAUAUACUGCAAGAGUUUUAUAUACAAUUCUAAGACUACAUUUGGCAGUGAAUAGAAAAGUGCGGUCACGAGCACAACUAAGUAACGCGAAUUCCCUAAAUAAUUUAAAAUAUAAUUACAAGACCUUUGCAUCAUACAUACAAAACACACUGAUCUAAAAAAAGUCAUUGAUCCUAGACUAAGUUCUAUGUAUUUAGCCUAAAAAACUUUCUGUAUUUUAUUGCCCUUAAUAAGAUACUCACCUGUUGAACAACUUUCAAAUAACCUGCCGGCAUUAUGAGGUGGUUGACGGUGACAAACCUUCAUAGAAAUUGUAUCUGUUUUCAUAUAUUAUUU